GAAGGCGUUUGCUCUGCGGUUGCGGAGCCUUCUGCUGACUUAAACGCGCCACCCCGGGCGGCCGGACACUGCGCAGCGCCGGCGCGGCGGCGACCCCGGCUCGGCCGCAGCGUGGCGAUGGUUGCCCACCUUGUGCUCGUCUUGGCGCUGCUCCUCCAGGCCCAAGCGGCAGAGGCCCUGAGGGAGCCGGAGCUGUGCUACGUCCUGGACGCCAUCCUCUUCAUCUACGGCGUCGUCCUCACCGUCCUUUAUUGCCACCUGAAGGUCCAGGUUCAGAGAGCAUCCAAGGACAGAGCAGGCAAGGAGGUGGAAAAUGAAAGGGAAACGUCAAGAAACGGGAGCAAAAUUGCGCCGAGGGAAGUCGCACCUGCCCCGAAGGCUCCCGAGGGAAUCGGCGAGUGCUGGGCAAGCCCAAGAAAGGAGACCACAUCUACACCGGACUUAGCAUGGAAAGCCACGAGACGUACGAAACCCUCCAGCCCCAAAACUCCUAGGGGGGUCACGGAGCGGCACGGACCCCCCCUUGGCAUCACCCAGCAGGGCUUUCCUGUGCCCUGGCCCUUCCCGCCACCCGCUGCGCCAGGCUCGGCUCAGCCUCGCCGUUCCCAGCGCAGAAGAGCUGCAGAUGUUCCUCCUCGACCCUCGCGCUUGGCAUUGACCCUUGAAACAGCCAUCCCCGAAGACCAAAGCGGACCCCACUGCCCUUUCCAUCCUCCGUCCUCUCCUGGCUGGAUUUAUCCGAGGGAGGUCGGAGCAGGACGACCAUUUACAAAUUCUGCUGUAGAAACUGGCAAGCUCCAGCAAUGGGGAAGAAGGAAAAGGUCUCCAAGUUCCUCAGCUGGGACUGAGGAAGCUCUUGGCCUGGGGAUUGGCCAAGGGAGACGUCCCUUCAUGGGAUGAUGUCCCUUCAUGGGGUGACAUGAGGGACACCUCACCCUGAGCCUGGCCAGGAAGCUACAGGUGGCUUCACCUCUGUGGGUUGUCAGCGUGGAGCUGGAGUCUUUUCCAGGUGGGAAAAGACCAAUUUUCAGCCCUGGCUCUUUCACAUUUCUGGGGCACCCUAAGCCGGGCAGAAGAGCCUGGUAGACCCCCAAAUCCCUCCUUGCCAUGAAAUGGCCCUUUCUAAGGGCCCAACGCAUCCGGUACCAGCAUCUCUAUUUCAAGAUGCCCCAACAGCUCCCAUGGCAACAGGAUACUUUGAGUUUUUGAGGAAAU